GACAAUUCUCUGACCUCGCCUGUCUGGUCAGCCUCCUCUGUCUCAGGUUUUCUCCAGUUCCUACACAACGCCGCACCUGCCCCACAGAGUCGGCCACACUCGACCUCACGGCUAAGUCGUAUAAGGUCAGACACUUUUCCUUCGCCCUUCACGAGGCUGGCGAGUCAUCAAAGAACGGAAAGUGCAAACUGGGAACACGUCGUAUUCACUUUUGGUUUUCAAGCUGGAGGAUUAGCAGAAAGCUUCCUCGGGAGAACAGGCGACUAAAACAUGGAUACAGACCGACAGGAAGAAGUCGAGUCGCCUAUGCUCGAGGACUUCCUCGACUGCGAGCGAUUGGCCUCGGAUUCAGACGGCGACAGUUCCAACUGCACAUCUCCUAGGAAGUCACUGAAACGCCUCCACAUCCACGUCGACAUGACCGACAGGCAGUAUCUUACGCCUUUAGCUCAUCACACAGAGCGGGCCCCGAUCGACGGCUUGCCAAUCUGCACCAGCAGUGCGCCAACCGGCGCCUACUCUUCGCCAGAUCUUGAUCCCUACAGCGCAGUGUCUGGUGUCUCAUCAUUCAACUACCCGGCGGCCGCUGACCCCAGUCUCCUCACUCCCGCAUCCAGCGCGGGCAGCCCGCCUCUGCAGCAUAGGCAGUCAACGAAGCCCAUGCGAAGUUACCACACUUCCCAGCCGCCAGCUCUCGUAUCGCAGGCUCCCACCCCUCCCGACUCGUCCAAGAUGUAUGGCUACGGCGGAUACGACGUGCACUCCAGCCAGAGCCCGUCACCCAUGACUGUGAAUCCGGCAGCGACCGAAGCCGGGCCUUAUAGCAUGCCCCCAUAUAUGGCGCAGUCUUCCCCCGGUAGCCACCAUCCGCCGUCGCCCAGCUUGGAGCUUCCGCCGCCGCCCAUCGAUCCCUACCUUGGUCAUUUCACCGUCUCAGGCGCAACCGACGGCGAGGUUACGCACCAGUCGCUGCCAGAGUACCACCCGUACGGCGUACAGGUUGCUACUCCCGGAUCGUACCUCGACCAGCAGCAGCAGCACGGCCCCCCUGGCACGCCACACAUGCAGCAGCGCAUGCCUCCUAACGGGGCGGCACCAGUCCUAUCACAACCACACCCAUCACAUUUCAAACCACAUGUGACGCCCCAGGCUGGAGCCAUCGAAGACCUGCGGGAUCCCGGCCUGCUACUCGGGCACUUCCCAGCGCACGGAGCUCUCAGCCCUGGCCGCAGGCCGCCGCCGCGAAAAAAACCAUCGUCUUCCAGGAAGCCGUCCCGCACACCCAGGCCAACACCUCACAUGGGUUCCGAUGUCAACGGCCAGUUGAGAGCAGAGGACGACGGGGAAGAGCUCACGCUGAGAGACGACGCCCCCGAGGACGACAAGUACCUCUUCCAGCUCCGGAAAGAGUUCCUAUCCGAAAAAGGCAAGGGCAUGUGGGAGGAGAUGAAGGCGAAGUACUCGGAGAAGCAUCAGGGCAACUGGGAAAAGGCCGCUCUACAAAUGAAGGUCUCCCGAGCGGUGGCAAGGUAUGGCGUGUGGCCAGAGAAAGAGAUUCAAAGGCUAAGAGAAGCAUUCGAGUACUUUGAGGAAAUGCGGUACCAGUUCAUCAUUGCCCGGAUGAAGGAGAUGGGCGGCUGCCGGGUGUGGGACUGGAAGAAGCCACACAUCGUAGCGAUGCUUGUCAAGCUCGGCCUCGAAGAGGAAACGGUGAACGAGAAGACGGGCAGUCGUCGGCGCAAACAGAAGGCAGCCAGGAGGCACGGCAGCCCUCAAGUCGGCGGCGGACACGCCGUCAUGGGCGACUGGUCCAACGGGCUCGGUGUACACCCAACCUUCCGCGGCCACGCCCACGCGCACCAUGUCGCCGCCAACAACAUGAUGGCCGACGACUUUGCCGCGCAGCCUCCCAACAUGAGUCCCAAGCACGAGGAUGACUUCAUCAACCAGGUCUUCGCAGAAGUCAAGGCGGAGCGGAGCCUCAGCCCGGACGACAGCAUGGAGGGGCUCUCGUACGACAGCCCCGGGGACCCGAGGCGUCCUUCGACGGCCGCGACACGCGAGCUCAACCACCAUGCCAGUGCGAGGGUGGCACAGCAGGCGUGCAACCAGAUGCUUCGGCAGCCUCCCUCACAGAUUCCCGAGUACGGCACACAAUAACCAGGAUGAUGGCGCAGCAGACGAAGCAGAACAACCGGGAACAAAACGAAACAUGAAACAAGAACAGCGGGGUAUAAUCAAGGGCAACCUGGAGUCACGGGGUUUAGGGGUU